GGGGCGGUGGCGACUGGAGCUCAGCGCGGCUCGUGGGACCCCAUUGGGGGAAUUUGAUCCAAGGAAGCCGCGAGAUUGCCGGGGGAGGAGAAGCUCCCAGAUCAUUGUGUUCAUAUCCAGGGAACCAGAGGAGACGGCGCAGUGAGCCUCUGGACGGCACUGAAAGCUGCACGCUGCCCUAUCCUGCCGGGAUCAUGGCCUGCGGCAGCCAGGCGGGACUACUGGCCCUGGCCGUGCUCUUUCUGCUCCAGGUGCCCGGAGCCUGGGCUGCAGCCUGCGAGCCGGUGCGCAUCCCCCUGUGCAAGUCUCUGCCCUGGAACAUGACCAAGAUGCCCAACCACCUGCACCACAGCACCCAGGCCAACGCCAUCCUGGCCAUCGAGCAGUUCGAGGGGCUGCUGGGCACCCACUGCAGCCCCGACCUACUCUUCUUCCUCUGUGCCAUGUACGCGCCCAUCUGCACUAUUGACUUCCAGCACGAACCCAUCAAACCCUGCAAGUCCGUGUGCGAGCGGGCCCGGCAGGGCUGCGAGCCCAUCCUCAUCAAGUACCGCCACUCUUGGCCGGAAAGUCUGGCCUGCGAGGAGCUGCCGGUGUACGACCGCGGCGUGUGCAUCUCCCCCGAGGCCAUCGUCACCGCGGACGGAGCUGAUUUUCCUAUGGAUUCUAGUAAUGGAAACUGCAGAGGGGCAAGCAGUGAACGCUGCAAAUGUAAGCCUAUUAGAGCUACACAGAAGACCUAUUUCCGGAAUAAUUACAACUAUGUCAUUCGGGCUAAAGUUAAAGAAAUAAAGACUAAGUGCCAUGAUGUGACUGCGGUAGUGGAGGUGAAGGAGAUACUAAAGUCUUCUUUGGUAAACAUUCCAAGGGAUACCGUCAACCUUUACACCAGCUCUGGCUGCCUGUGCCCUCCACUUAAUGUUAAUGAAGAAUAUAUCAUCAUGGGCUAUGAAGAUGAGGAGCGCUCCAGACUACUCUUGGUCGAAGGCUCUAUAGCUGAGAAAUGGAAGGAUCGACUUGGCAAAAAAGUUAAGCGUUGGGACAUGAAACUCCGUCAUCUUGGACUGAGUAAGAGCGAGGCCAGCACUAGCGAGUCCGCUCAGAGUCAGAAGUCUGGCAGAAACUCCAACCCACGGCAAGCACGCAACUAAACCCUCCAACACAGAGAAUAACAUCAGUGGGCUUCCUGUUAAGACUUGCAUUGCUGGACUAGCAAAGGAAAAUUGCACUAUUGCACGUCAUAUCCUAUUGUUUACUACAAAGAUCAUGUGGUAACCGAUAUUACUUCUAUUUUCUCUAUUGUUUUCUGCUUUUCUCUGAGCUCUCUUCUUUUAAUGGCCUGUGGGUAGGUCCUUAAAUAUAUGUUUUUUACUUCGGUAAUCAUGGCAAAGAUGUUCCUUUGCAGUAAUAAUCCAGGAAGCAUAAUGAGGCUGGGGCCUCUUUGCUGGAGUCCUCGGAUGUUAAUUUACUGUUCUCAACCCCAAAUGUGAAGGUAAUCUUGGAUGCUGAGAGAUUUCUGGUGUGUAUAGAAAGCUGGAUAUAUUGUAAAACACACUUGACUCAUCUAAUUAUGGCCUCAUUUUCAUUUGCCUGGUGGGCAUUCCUCUCACACAGAGACAGUUCCAAAUGUUUAGAAAGGUAAAAUGGCAGUUUGAAAUCAGAUGCCACAUGAGUAGAGCAAUCAAGCACCAGGAAACAUUUAUAAGAAACAGCACACAAAACUAAUUAUUUCCAAGAUUGGCAGGAAGCAAAAUAAACAGUGUUAGGAGCUGGGGGAAGGCCAUGUUGCCUGAUUGAGAAACACAAUGGAAACCAGUAGCCGCUGCGGCGUGGACAGUAGCAUCCAUCUUUUGACAACACAUUUGACUUGUUAAAAUGAAUAUGUUAAUCAGCAUUAGGGAAGUGAAUUGUAACUAGAUAUCUGCUGUUGUCUCUAGAAUUCCAUUUAAUUUGCUCCCUUUUA